AUGGGUUGUUCAACAUCAUUAGUUUAAAAUACUCCUAUUGAUUCAAUUUCAUCUUUCUCAUCUGAUGAUCUCUAAGAAAGUGAAAUAUCUUUAGAUUAAAUCCAUGAUGAAAUAGCUUAUUUAAAAAUUAAUGUGCAAAAGCAAAAAGAAAUAUAUCCUGAAGAUAAUAUAACUGUAAUGAAACAAUGGGUUAAUUGUCAUUGUAAUUCAUUAGGAACAAACAAAAAAUCUGAUACUAAUUCUAUAAAAUCUUGUUUAAAGUAAUAAAAUAUAUUGCCUCCAUUUUCUCAAUAUGCUAAUCCAAAGAAAGUUCAUUUUGUCCAACAUUAAUAGAGAAAUAGCCUUUCUCAGAAUGGUACAAAGAAGAAAAACAAAAAGAAACGAAUAAGAAGGUCUUAAUAACCAUAAUAACGUAUCAAUUUGGAUGAUAUCUUUUGA